AUGCGCCGAGGGGGAAUCGAACCCCCGGCUCCCCGACGCUGCUUGAUGGCAACGGAGAAUUUUACCACUAAACCAUCGGCGCUAUCGAUUUGUAUGAUAUCCUGA